UUGUUUUUAAAAGUUCGUUCUUGUUAUUGUAAGCAUGGGGGGAAGGCGAUGCGUCACACGCCACCGGGGAGCGCUGCAACACAAGCCGAGAAAGGUCCAACUCCGCGGGCUUUGCUGGAUUUCACACGAUUUGCCCCUUAGCUCUGCACAGUGGUAUCAGGCACCAUUAAGUUAUCUGCACGAAUCCCUUUUUUAAAAGGCAACGAGGAAACUAGGCUGUGCUUUCCUUGUUGUCUCUUCCCCCACCCAGGGAACCUGUGACUCAUGGGUGAGGCAGCCCUCUGGGAUCCAGUCCUCACCCCUGUGCACAUCUGUGUGUUUCAGUUCCGUCUGUGGAGGCUCCGAAGAUGAUUCCUUUCUCUGAAUAGAUGUGGACUUAAUCAAAAUGCUUCGUGUAAUUGUGGAGUCGGCCAGUGGGAUCCCCAAAAAGAAAAUUGGAAACCCAGACCCAAUCGCUGCAAUUAUCUUUAGAGGUGAAAAGAAGAAAACCAAAGCAAUUGACAAUGAUUUGAAUCCUGUAUGGAAUGAAGUGCUUGAAUUUGAUCUGAAAGGCUCUUCCUUGGAUGCAUCUUCCUUCAUCGAUGUGGUUGUCAAAGACUAUGAGACAAUCGGCAAAGACAAGUUCAUUGGCUCGGCAAAAAUUCCGCUGAGAGACUUGGCCAGUGGUCACAUGACGUCUCUCCCAUCGAAGAACGUGCCCUUGAUCAAUGAGAAGCAACGAGCUACUGGGGCAAACAUCAAUUUGCUCAUUCGGUAUGAAGCACCUGACGACCUUAGACCAGACCCAAAUGAGCAACCUGAUGGAGAAACGUCUCAUGUGGAUGCAGGAGACGGUGGUGAGGGUGAUGAGAGGGAUGCAGACGUGGGAGGAAGAAUUCAGAGUGGAAGCCCCGGCGCUCCCACUUCCCCAAACCAGGCCGGGAAACCCAGACACAAGUCAGUCCACCUCAGCCGUAAGAAGAAUAGAGCCUUGGCCAAUAAGCCUCAGGACUUCCAGAUUCGUGUCCGGGUCAUCGAGUGUCGACAGUUGCCUGGCAACAACAUCAAGCCAGUGGUUAAGGUGAAUGUAUGUGGACAGACGCACAGGACCAGAAUCAGAAGAGGAAAUAACCCGUUCUUCAACGAGAUGUUUUUCUACAACGUUAACAUGCUACCUUCAGAGCUCUUUGACGAGAGCAUUAGCCUUCGGAUUUAUGACUCCUUCUCCCUCAGAGCUGACGGUCUAUUGGGAGACUUCAAGCUGGAUGUUGGCUACAUUUAUGAUAAUCCAGGUCAUGCAAUAAUGAGGAAAUGGCUCCUCCUGAGUGACCCUGAUGACUCUAGCUCAGGGGCCAGAGGUUACCUGAAGGUCAGCAUAACUGUUGUGGGGUCUGGAGAUGACCCACCGACUGAGAGGAAAGAGAUGAGUGAGGAGCAUGACGACAUAGAAAGCAAUCUCUUGGUGCCGGCAGGUGUCACAAUGCAAUGGGCCACACUCAGACUCAAAGUCUACCGUGCCGAGGACAUGCCACAGAUGGAUGAUGCCUUUAUUCAGACAGUAAAACAGGUCUUUGGAGGAGAAGGAGACAGAAAAAACUUGGUUGACCCAUAUGUGGAAGUCAGCUUUGCUGGCAAGAAGCUGUGCACCAAAGUCAUUGAGAAAAAUGCAAACCCAGAGUGGAAUCAACUCAUCAAUCUCCAAGUCAAGUUCCCGUCCAUGUGUGAACGCAUACAGUUGACUGUAUAUGACUGGGAUCGUCUAACCAAGGAUGAUGCCAUAGGAACAACGUUUUUAAACCUGAGCAAGAUGUCUUCCUCUGGUGGAGAGAUUGAAGUGAGCACCGCAGCAUCAGAGGUGGGUUUCCUGCCAGCUUUUGGGCCUUCCUACAUCAACCUAUACGGCAGCCCGAGAGAAUUCACCGGCCUGCCAGACCCAUACGACGAACUCAAUUUCGGAAAGGGGCAAGGGGUCGCCUACAGGGGGCGGGUCCUUGUUGAGCUGUCCACAGAGCUUGAUGGGAAGGUUGAUAUGAAUGUGGAUGACAUCUCCAGUGAUGACAUCCUUGUGGCACAGAAAUACCAGCGGCGGAGGAAGUUCUCUCUGUGCGCGGUCUUCCACAGUGCGUGCAUGCUCCAGGAGCCCGGCGAGCCAAUCCAGUUUGAGGUCAGCAUUGGUAACUAUGGUAACAAGCUGGACUCCACCUGCAAGCCCCUGUCGUCCACCACCCAGUACAGCUUUGCUGUGUUUGACGGUAAUCACUACUAUUACCUGCCCUGGGCUGACACUAAGCCUGUGGUGAUUCUCACCUCACACUGGGAAGACAUCAGCCACCGUCUGUUCUCCGUCAACAUUCUCCUCUUCAUUGCUGAGAGACUGGAGUCCCACCUCAACUCUUUAAAAAACGCCAUGUUAGCCAAAGAGGCUGAGACACAUCUGGAGGAGAUUUGCCGUGAACUCAUCAACCACAUGAUUGAGGACCUGAACAGUUUUCAGCUUCCAGUGGUAGAGGGCCAACCCCAUGUGACUGCACUGGAUCUCCAGUUGAGAAAACUGCGUGAUGCUGCUAUUGACAGCAUCAGAGAGAUGGCCAAUCGCAUGAGAGAGGGUGCCAUAGAUGUCAAGGCUACUGUUGAAGACAUUGAGGACUGGUUGGACAGGAUCAAGCAGCUCGCAGAGGAGCCUCAGAACAGCAUGCCAGAUGUGAUCAUCUGGAUGUUAAGAGGAGAGAAACGGGUGGCUUUUGCUCGAGUCCCAGCAAACCAGAUCCUGUUUUCAAACUUUAGCGAACAGGCUUGUGGGAAACACUGUGGACGCACGCAGACCAUUUUCAUGCAGUAUCCCAUGGACAAAAACAAAGGUGUGAAGGUCCCUGUUCAGUUGCGGCUCAACAUGUGGCUCUGUCUCUCUGCCCAUGAGAAAAACUUCAACAACUUCUCAGAUGGGAACUUCAGCGUGUACGCUGAAAUGUAUGAGAACCAGGCCCAUGUUUUGGGGAAGUGGGGAACUACCGGUUUGGUAGGUCGUCAUAAGUUCUCCAAUGUGACUGGAAAGGUGAAACUCAAAAGAGAACGUUUUCUGCCACCACGUGGAUGGAAUUGGGAGGACGACUGGUUUGUUGACCCAGAGCGAUGGCUGUUGACAGAAGCAGACGCCGGCCACACAGAGUUCACAGACGAAGUUUUUCAUAAUGAAACACGUUUCCCUGGUGGGGAGUGGAGCGCUGCGGCGGAGCCCUACACAGACGUGAAUGGAGAAACAGCUCAGAACCCCAAAGAUUUUGAGUGUCCAAUGGGAUGGCGCUGGGAAGAUGACUGGAGCUUUGACAGCGACAAAGCUGUUGAUGAGAAAGGUUGGGAAUACGGAGUAACCAUUCCUCCCGACGAUAAGCCCAAAUCAUGGGUCGCAGUGGAGAAAAUGUAUCAUGUCCAUCGCAGAAAGAGACUCAUCAGACCGCGGAAGAAGAUAUCUGACAAAACGGCUGUUACUGAGACGCGAGACCCAGGGGAGGGCUGGGAAUACUCUUCCUUGAUUGGCUGGAAGUUCCACAGGAAGGAGCGCUCCUCUGAUACGUUCCGGCGCCGCCGCUGGAGAAGAAAGAUGGUCCCAUCAGACCGCCUUGGUUCUUCCGCCAUCUUCAAGCUGGAAGGGGCAUUGGGAGUCGAUGUUGACGAGAAAGCCAGUAAAGCGGAUGCAGCCAAACUAUUUGGUGCCAACACACCCUCUGUUUCCUGCCACUUCACCCAGUCUUACCGUUACCACUUGAGGGUGUAUGUGUAUCAGGCGAGGAAUCUCUGUGCCAUGGACAAAAACAGCUUCUCAGAUCCCUAUGCUCAUGUGUCAUUCCUACAUGUGAGCAAGACGACUGAAGUCAUAAGGUCCACCCUGAACCCCUCAUGGGAUCAGACUCUCAUCUUUGAAGACAUUGAAAUCUACGGAGACCCACAAACUAUUGCCGUCAACCCUCCAGAUGUGGUGUUGGAGCUGUGCGACAGUGAUCAAGUAGGUAAAGAUGAACCCCUCGGACGCUGCACAUGCCCGCCAGUAGUGACACUGAACCCCAGUAUGGCGGUCUGCCCAAAGCUGCUGUGGUUACCGGUCACCAAAAAAGGUUGCAGUGCCGGGGAGAUUCUGCUGGCUGCAGAGCUCUUUCUGAAAAACAAGGAGACUGACGGAGAUCUGCCCCUGGUGCCUCCUCGCCGGGGAGAGAAGCUCUACAUGGUUCCCCAGGGAAUCAGGCCCGUAGUGCAGCUCACUGCGAUUGAGAUCUUGACUUGGGGCUUGAGGAAUAUGACGACCUACCAGUUGGCCACCGUUUCCUCCCCCAGUCUGAUAGUGGAGUGUGGUGGGGAGGUUGUUGAAACCGCUGUGGUCAAGAAUAUCAAAAAGAACCCCAAUUUCCCCGGAUCAGUGCUGCUGCUCAAAGUGCUUCUGCCAAAAGAGGAGAUGUACACCCCUCCUAUUGUGCUGAAGGUAAUCGACCACCGGCCAUUCGGUAGGAAACCAGUCGUGGGUCAGUGCACCAUCGACCGCUUGGAGGAGUUCCGCUGUGAUCCCUAUUGCAUUAACAGUGAAGUCUGCAUGUCUGCUAGAGUGGCAAUGAUAGCUGCGUCCCACGGAGAAGUUGUCAUAGACAUUGAGGAGGGAACCGUCGUAAAAUCUGAGCCUCAGGCAGAAAUGGAGGAGACAGUUGACUGGUGGAGUAAGUUCUACGCCUCUGUUGAGCAGCAGGAGAAGUGUGGGCCUUACCUGAAAAUGGGAUACGACACAUUACAUAUGUUUGACAGUGAACUUGAAGAGGUUGCAGAGUUCCAGGGACUCAGUGAUUUCUGCAGCACCUUCAAACUUCAGCGAGGAAAGACUGAAUAUGACGAAGAUGAUCCCUCUGUGGUGGGAGAGUUCAAGGGCUCAUUCAAGAUUUACCCUCUGCCUGAUGACCCCGGGGUGCCAACUCCACCCCGCCAGUUCAGAGAGCUUCCUGAGAGUGGACCUCAGGAGUGCCUGGUUAGAAUUUACGUGGUGCGCUGUCUUGACCUGCAGCCAAAGGAUACCAACGGCAUGUGUGACCCAUAUGUGAAGAUUUCACUGGGACGGAAAAAACUGGAUGACAGAGAUAACUACAAACCAAACACCCUCAACCCGGAGUUUGGAAAGAUGUUUGAGUUGUCCUGCUUCCUACCUCAAGACAAGGACCUGAAGAUUGCUGUGUAUGACUACGAUCUACUGAGCAGAGAUGAAAAAGUCGGUGAGACCGUCAUCGAUUUGGAGAACAGACUCCUGUCUCGUUUCCGGGCCGGUUGUGGUCUGCCAAAGACUUACUGUGUCUCAGGGAUCAAUCGGUGGAGGGACCAGCGGAAACCUUCUCAGAUCUUCCAGAACGUGGCCAAAGUGAGAGGCGUUAGUCCUCCACUCAUAGAGGGAGAUGGCAGCUCCCUGACUUUCUCAGGAAAACGAUACAACCUGCAAGAUUUUGAGGCAAACACUGUGAUCCACCCGCACUUAGGACCAGCCAGAGAGAGGCUGGCUCUGCAUGUCCUCAGAACCCAGAACUUGGUGCCAGAGCAUGUGGAGACCAGAAGCCUGUGCAGCUCCCACCAACCAAACUUGUCUCAGGGAAAAAUUCAAAUGUGGGUGGACAUCUUUCCAAAGAGCCUUGGUGUGCCAGGGCCUCCAUGGGAUAUCACUCCACGCAAAGCCAAGAAGUACGUUUUGCGAGCCAUCAUUUGGAACACAACUGAUGUUACUCUGGACGAAAGAAGCAUCACCGGAGAAGACAUGAGUGACAUCUACGUAAAGGGAUGGAUGCCAGGUAUGGAGGACUCCAAGCAGCAGACUGAUGUUCACUACAGAUCCCUGGAUGGUGAUGGGAAUUUCAACUGGAGGUUCAUCUUUGGGUUUGACUACCUGCCUGCAGAGCAGAUGUGUGUUGUUUCGAGGAAAGAACACAUUUGGAAUCUGGACAAAACUGAAUUAAGGAUUCCUCCUAAAUUGAUCAUCCAGAUUUGGGACAAUGACAAAUUCUCUUUGGACGACUACUUAGGUACAGUUGAACUGGACCUUCUCAACCUGAUCUCUCCUGCUAAGAGCUCAGAAAAGUGCAGCCUGAAGAUGUUGCCUUGGAGAGAAGGCUCAGUCGCCUCUAAGAAACCUCUGCCCAACUCACUUUUCUCCCAAAAGUCUGUUAGAGGCUGGUGGCCAUGCACGGUCGAGCAGGAUGGGAAACUUGUGCUUGGUGGUAAAGUAGAGAUGACGCUGGAAAUAGUGGAGGAGAAGGAGAUGGAAGAGAGACCUGCGGGGAAAGGCAGAGAUGAGCCAAACAUGAAUCCCAGACUUGAUCCACCCAAACGCCCUGACACGUCAUUCUUCUGGUUUACAAGCCCUUGCAAGACCAUGAAGUUCAUUGUUUGGCGAAGAUUCAAAUGGAUUUUCAUUGGAGCGAUUCUUCUUCUGCUGGUCUUCUUGUUCCUUGGGAUCCUGCUUUACUCCCUACCAAACUACAUCUCAAUGAAGAUUGUCAAACCUUUCUCAUAAGGAUCAUUGAGGAGAAGUGCCUUCCUGAUGGAAUCGUCAGUGUUUCCAUCACUGAGAAACAUGCAAUAACUUCUUCUGUUGAUGCCACAACAGAUUGAUAUUCAGCAUUCUAAUCCCACAUUAUCACACCAGAUUUUCUCUAUUUCUUUGCACUACUGCAAUCUAUAUUUCUUGUGAUCCAAAGUGUUUUAUCUUUACAUGUAAACAAAAAAAAUCAAGAAAUUCAAGGAUUAUAUAUUGGAAUAAAAUGUGUGAUAAAGAAGUUGUGAUUGGUUCUGCACACGAUAGAAAUCAUUACACAUAUAAUGUAAAACUGUCUAACGUUGUAGGAUUUUAACUAUGAAAAUGUAACACACAUACGUUUUGUAACAUCAAAACCAGGGACAUCUUCUGUGUACUUUAGGUUGUUAACGUCAACAUAGUGGUAUACUCGAUGCCGAGUAAAAUUUACAAUGAAAGAACAACAUAAAAAGUGUCUUUUAGAAUCUCAUUACUGAUUUUUGAUGUACUUUUCUUUACCCAACAUCAUUUUGCUAGUUUUUUUACUUUUGUCUAAUUAAUAUAUAUAUAGAGAGAAAAUAAGACCACAAAAUAUUUAGGAAACAGUCCAAGUUCCUGUUUUCAACACAGAUACUUAAUUGAACCGUCU